AUGAGGGCUGGUGGUGGACAGUCCCUUUGUCUCCCAGCCCUGGGUGGACAAAGGGGCUUCCGGAAAGAGAGAAAGAGGAUGGCCAGUGGAAAUGGGCUCCCUCCAUCCUCGGCCAUGGUGGCCAAGCGUCCCUCCGCCCUGGGGCCAUUCCCCAGAUACGUGUGGAUCCACCAGGACACACCCCAGGAUAGCCUAGAUAAGAUUUGCCAUGACAUCUGGAAGAGAGUUCAGGGCUUGCCGGAGUCCCUGCAACCCAGGACCUCGCUGGAGAAACUCUCGGCGCCGAUGACCGCGACUGUCAGCUUCCAAGAAGAAGCUCUGGAGCUGAGCGGGGGCAAGGAUGAGAUCUCCCUGCUGGUGGAGCAGGAGUUCUUAAGUCUCACCAAAGAACAUCUCAUCUUGGUCCAAGAGAGCUCUGGGGAGCUGGCAACACCUAUUGUCACUCCCCAGGGGACCCGGGAGCUGGCUCCCUGCUUUCUUGUGCCUCCUCUGGGGGCAGACAGCACUGAAUACCCAGGAUCCUCUGUAACAGCUGGUGACAAGCUUCGGGAGCAGAAGCUGUCCGUGCCCAUCAUCAGUAGCAGGCAGGACUGUGAUUCUGCCAUGUCUACAGUCACAGGCAUCCUUCGUGCUGCCAAGGUCAAGAGUGUCAAGGGAACAAAGGACAAGAGCCAUAGCCUGAGUGCCUCUAAUUCAGAGAUCAGCAAGCUCCUGGCCCAGUUCCCACUGAAGUCUACCGAAAUGUCCAAGGCCCCUGACAACAAGAUGGUGCUGGAAGAGACCAAGGUCAUUAAAGAUUUCCUGCAGAAUAGCAUGUUCAAUGGCUCUGGACCCCGGGAGCCCAUGGGGCUGGGCCCAUUCCUGCUGCUGCCACCCCCACCUCCUCCUGCACCCCCUGACAAGCUCCCUGAGUUCUCUCCUCCAAAAAGGCAGCUUCCAGUGUUUGCCAAGAUCUGCUCCAAGAAUGAGGCUGACUCCACUCUUGAUGGCCACCACUGGAUUGAACGAACUCCUGGCAGCAAAGAGCUGACCAAAGGUCGAGAGAGCCUCUUUAUCAGCCAGUGGCCCCAGAGCCGGAAGGACACCUGUGGUGAGGAGGGUCACAAUGACUCAAUUGGCACCAUCUCCAUGACUCUGCCAACCAAGAAGCCUGUGUGGCCGGCUGAGAAGAACCUGCUGUAUGAGUUCUUUGGAGCCACCAAGAACCCCAGUGGGCAGCUGAGACUUCGAAGCAAAGUGGAUAUGGAUGGGCUGGAUCUGAAGUUUAACCCACCUGCAUUGAUGCCCGACAAGAACAAUAUUAAGUAUGCUGGGAAUGUUUUCGCCCCACGCUUCACCACAGCCUUGACCUCGACCACCCUGAACCAGCCUCUCUGGCUCAAUCUGAACUGUCCGCCUCCACCAGUGUUCUCCAACCACUCCACCUUCCCGCAGUACCAGGGCCUGUACCCACAGCGGUCAACAAGGAUGCCCUACCAGCAACCUGUGCACCCCCCUAUGGGGUGCUAUUCCCGACAGGUGACACCGUACAACCCACAGCAGAUGGGACAGCAAAUUUUCCGCUCUUCCUACACCCCCUUGAUGAGUUACAUCCCUUUGGUCCAACCCAACUAUCCAUAUCCUCAGAGGACUCCCCAGAAGCUUCCCGCCAACCCCCGAGAUCCUACCCCGAUGGCAGGAGAUGGGCCUCCAUACCUCUUCCCCCAGGGAUAUGGGUUCAACUCGGCGUCCAGCGGCCCCCUGAUGAACAGCCCCUAUUUUUCCUCCAGUGGGAAUGGAAUACGCUUUUAG